AUGGCGAACACUGGCGCCCCUCCAAACUACUACAAGAUCCUCGAGAUCUCGGAGGCGGCAACGACCCAGCAAGUUCGUGAUGCUUACAAGAAAGCCGCCUUGAAAACGCACCCAGACAGGGUCCCCGCCGAUUCGCCCGAGCGAGCAACGCGCACCCGCAAGUUCCAGCUUGUAAACGACGCAUACUACACCCUUUCCGACACUCAAAGGCGCCGCGAAUACGACGCCCAGCGAAACAUCUUUGGCGCAUCCGCCGGCACAACAUACGGCGAUUUCUCCGACGACGAUGACGACCCAGCGGAGGAAGUUCCCCCACAAGCCGGCCCCAAUCCACAAAAUGCCUACUCGUGGGCAUGGAACUUCUUCACCGGCGGGAAGCAAGGCCAGAACGAGGGCCAGCGCGCGCAGGCAGACAACGCACAGUUCGGCGAUGUGUUUGAGGAGAUGCUGCGCGAAGAGGGCAUGGCUGAGGAGGGUACAAACCGUCCGACAAGCUCGUUCUGGAGCAUGGUUGGCGGGCUUAGUGGAGGCGCGCUGGGCUUCAUCGUCGGGAACAUGCCUGGCGCGCUGGCGGGUGCUGUCGCUGGAAACAGGCUUGGGUCCGUUCGAGACGCGAAGGGCAAGAGUGUCUACGCUGUUUUCCAGGACCUCCCUCAGGCAGAUCGUGCGAGGUUGCUUACCCAGUUGGCUGCCAAGGUGUUCAGCCACACUGUAGGAGCUUAG